AUGAAUCUCUAUAACAUGUCUGGUUCCCCAAGCACGCGGGCCGUCAUGAUGACCGCCAAAGCUGUGGGAGUGGAACUCAACUCGAUACAAGUCAACACCUUUGUGGGGGAGCAGCUUAAGCCAGAAUUUGUGAAGAUAAAUCCGCAGCACACCAUUCCCACCCUGGUGGACAAUGGAUUCGUCGUCUGGGAGACUCGAGCAAUAGUUGUGUACCUGGUUGAGCAGUACGGGAAGGAUGAUUCCCUGUACCCCAAGGAUCCCCACAAGCAGGCUAGGAUCAACCAGCUACUUUACUUCGAUAUUGGCACUCUCUACGAGACCAUUGCCAAGUACUUCUUUCCACUGCUCCGCACUGGCAAGCCAGGAAGUCAGGAGAGCUUCGGGAAGCUUAUUGCUGCCUUCAGUCUCCUCAACACCUUCCUAGAGGGCCAGGAUUACGUGGCCGGAAGUCGGUUGUCCGUGGCCGACAUCGUUAUUUUGGCCACCGUUUCCACAACCGAAAUGGUAGACUUCGAUUUGGAGCAGUUCCCGAACGUGGUCAGGUGGUACAAGAAUGCCCAAAGGGUUACCCCUGGUUGGGACGACAACUUAGAGAGAAUUCAACAUGCCAAAAAAUUCUUGGCCGAAAACUUAAUAGAAAAGUUGUAA